GGAUUUCACCUGAACCGCUCUGGCGUGUAUAUAAAAUGUUUUUGAAAUGAUCUCCGUUUGCAGAGCCUCCAUGAACCGUGAAUCACGGGAACUAUUUAUAGUUUGAUAACGUAUUUAAACAACAGCCUGAAGCUGUUUUGUUCUGGAGCCGUUUAUGACGUCUGAGACAUGGCGUGUCUGCUGCGCUGCGUGACGUGCUGCUCUGUGCAGCGGCCGGGGAGAAGAUUCUUCCAGACCUUCCCUGUUCUGUACGAUCAACAGGCUCAUAAAGGUGUGCGAUAUAAAGACGUGCUGGUGGGCGUUCCUAAGGAGAUCUAUCAGAAUGAGCGGCGGGUGGCCGUAUCGCCUGCGGGUGUGGAGAUUCUGGUCAAAACGGGCUUCAAGGUGCAGGUGGAGUCCGGCGCGGGACGUGAAGCUAAGUUCUCUGACGAUCAGUACCGGGCCGCCGGAGCCCAGAUCACAGACACCAAGGGAGCGUUUGGAUCAGAUCUGGUCUUGAAGGUUCGAGGGCCAGUGUUUAACGAUGGUUUACGGUUGCAUGAGGCUGAGCUCUUGAAGCCCAAAUCCACACUGGUGAGCUUCAUCUACCCGGCGCAGAACCCCGAGCUCAUGGACAAACUGAGCAAACAGCAGUGUACGGUGCUGGCGAUGGACCAGGUGCCGCGCGUCACCAUCGCGCAGGGAUACGACGCCCUCAGCUCCAUGGCCAACAUCGCAGGGUAUAAGGCCGUGGUUCUCGCAGCCAAUCACUUCGGAAGGUUUUUCACAGGUCAGAUCACAGCGGCUGGAAAAGUUCCUCCAGCGAAGGUGCUGGUUAUCGGCGGAGGCGUCGCAGGUCUGGCUGCGGCUGGAGCUGCUAAAUCAAUGGGUGCCAUAGUCAGAGGAUUCGACACCAGACCCGCAGCUCUGGAGCAGUUCAAGUCGUUCGGAGCCGAGCCGCUGGAGAUCAACAUCGCCGAGUCGGGCGAAGGCGUCGGAGGAUACGCCAAAGAAAUGUCUAAAGAGUUCCUGGAGGCUGAGAUGAGUCUGUUUGCCAAACAGUGCAAGGAUGUCGACAUCGUCAUCAGCACGGCUCUAAUUCCUGGUAAACGAGCGCCGCUGCUGAUCAAGCGUGAGAUGGUGGAGAGCAUGCGGGACGGGUCGGUGGUGGUGGAUCUGGCGGCGGAGGCCGGAGGAAACAUCGAGACCACUAAACCCGGAGAGCUGUACGUCCAUCAGGGUGUGACGCACAUCGGCUACACGGAUCUGCCCAGUCGGAUGCCCACGCAGGCCAGCUCGCUCUACUCCAACAACAUCAUCAAGCUGCUGAAGGCCAUCAGCCCCGAUAAAGAGUUCUUCCACUUCGAGCCCCGUGACGAGUUCGAUUACGGGACGCUGGAUCAUGUGAUCAGAGGGACGAUGGUGAUGAAGCAAGGUAAGAAUAUUUUUCCCUCACCGCUGCCGAAAACCACCCCGCCGCCCGCACCCCCCAAACAGAAGACCGUUGCUGAGCUGGAAGCUGAGAAACAGGCCGAAAUCUCCCCUUUCAGACGCACCAUGACAUCAGCGGGAGUCUACACAGCAGGUCUCUCGACCGUACUGGGUUUGGGUAUCGCCUCUCCUAACGCUGCUUUCACUCAGAUGGUGACGACCUUUGGCCUCGCUGGAAUUGUGGGAUAUCACACGGUGUGGGGCGUGACUCCUGCACUGCACUCGCCGCUGAUGUCAGUGACCAAUGCCAUCUCAGGUCUGACGGCGGUGGGUGGGCUGGUGCUGAUGGGUGGAGGUCUGACACCCUCAUCUAUUCCUGAAUCUCUGGCGCUGCUCGCUGCGUUUGUGUCCUCCAUCAACAUCGCAGGUGGAUUCCUGAUCACACAGAGGAUGCUCGACAUGUUUAAGAGGCCGACGGAUCCUCCAGAAUACAACUACCUCUACGCUCUGCCCGGCCUGGCGUUUGUGGGUGGAUACGGGGCGUCUCUGACCGGAGGAUACAGCAUCGAGCAGAUGAUGUAUCUGGGCUCGGGUCUGUGUUGUGUCGGCGCUCUGGCCGGACUCUCCGCUCAGGGCACCAGUCGUUUGGGUAAUGCUCUGGGAAUGAUCGGGGUGGCCGGAGGAAUCGCAGCUACGCUGGGCGCUCUGAAACCCUCACCUGAGCUCCUGUCGCAGAUGUCUCUUGCCAUGGCAACAGGUGGAACUCUGGGUCUGACCAUCGCCAAGCGCAUCGAGAUCUCAGAUCUGCCUCAGCUGGUCGCUGCGUUCCACAGUCUGGUGGGUUUGGCGGCGGUUCUCACCUGCGUGGCCGAGUUCAUGAUCGAGCACCCGCACCUGGACGCUCAUCCGGCCGCCAGCAUGCUGAAGAUCGUGGCGUAUCUGGGCACCUACAUCGGCGGAGUGACCUUCAGCGGCUCUCUGGUCGCCUACGGAAAACUACAAGGUUUGUUGGACUCAGCUCCUCUGCUGCUGCCGGGCCGUCACAUGCUGAACGCGGGUCUGAUGGCGGCGUCGGUGGGCGGGAUGGUGCCCUUCAUGCUGAGUGACAGUUUCAACAUGGGCAUGGGCUGCUUGCUGGGCGUCUCCGGCCUCUCCACCGUCAUGGGUGUGACGCUCACAGCAGCCAUCGGAGGAGCCGAUAUGCCUGUUGUGAUCACAGUGUUGAACAGUUACUCCGGAUGGGCGCUGUGUGCCGAGGGAUUCCUGCUGGACAACAACCUCAUGACCAUCGUCGGCGCUCUGAUCGGCUCGUCGGGUGCCAUCCUGUCUUACAUCAUGUGUGUGGCCAUGAACCGCUCGCUGCCAAACGUCAUUCUGGGAGGAUACGGAACCUCGUCCACCGCCGGCGGGAAGCCCAUGGAGAUCGUCGGCACACACACAGAGGUCAACGUGGAGCAGUCGAUCGACAUGAUCAAAGAGGCCAAUAGCAUCAUCAUAACACCUGGUGUGUCUCACACACACACACACAUUUACAGAAACAUGAGGCUGGGGUCUGUGCGCGGCCAAGGCUCAGUAUCCGAUCGCCGACAUGGUGAAGAUGUUGAGAGAGCAGGGCAAGACCGUGAGGUUUGGGAUUCACCCGGUGGCGGGCCGCAUGCCCGGACAGCUCAACGUGCUCCUGGCCGAAGCCGGCGUCCCGUACGACGUCGUUCUGGAGAUGGACGAGAUCAACGAGGAUUUCCCAGAAACCGACCUGACGCUCGUGAUCGGGGCCAACGACACCGUCAACUCGGCCGCGCAGGAGGAUCCCAACUCCAUAAUCGCCGGGAUGCCCGUGCUGGAAGUGUGGAAGUCCAAACAGGUGAUCGUGAUGAAGCGUACUCUGGGUGUGGGAUACGCUGCCGUGGACAAUCCCAUCUUCUACAAACCCAACACUGCCAUGCUGCUGGGAGACGCCAAGAAGACCUGCGACAGUUUACAGGCCAAAAUCAGAGAGGCCUUUUAUUAACACACAAGACAAGUGCACAAGAAAACCACUUUAUUACACAUUAAAGUGCCUUAAAAGCAAGAAUCUAAUCAGUGAAUGCAUGCAUUUUUGACUUGUAAAUAAAAGUAUUUCAGUCUCAUUCUAUCAUCCAGUCCAUUCAGCUUUAAAUAAAACACAUGUGAUCUGA